UUAAAAAAGGGUAACCCUACAACCCAAACGGUAACCCGCCCCCCACCCCGUGGGGCGGGCUCCCAUUCUUCUUCUACACGUUUUACAUUCUUGUUAUUUUUGUUUAGAUUUUCCUUCCGUUGAUUAAUGCAGACGUGUAUGGCGAUUGCGCAUUCCCGUCCUUCCGAGGUGGCGCUGAUGUCUCCGUCGCCGGUGAUUCUAACGCAGGACGAGCUCAAGAAGAUCGCCGCCUACAAGGCCGUGGAGUUCGUGGAGUCUGGCAUGGUCUUGGGCCUGGGCACCGGCUCCACCGCCAAGCACGCUGUCGACCGAAUCGGUGAGCUCCUGCGCCAAGGCAAGCUCACCAACAUUGUCGGAAUUCCCACCUCCAAGAAGACCCACGAGCAGGCCGCAUCUCUCGGGAUUCCCUUGUCCGACCUCGACAGCCACCCCGUCGUCGAUUUGGCCAUCGACGGUGCCGACGAGGUCGACCCCUACAUGAAUCUGGUCAAGGGCCGAGGUGGGUCGUUGCUCAGGGAGAAGAUGAUAGAGGGGGCUUGCAAGAAGUUCAUCGUUAUUGUUGAUGAGUCCAAGUUGGUGAAGCAUUUGGCGGGCAGUGGCCUGGCUAUGCCGGUUGAGAUUGUUCCAUUUUGCUGGCAAUUCACUUCUCAGAGGCUGAAAUUGUUGUUUGAGGAUGUGGGUUGCGUCGCGAAGCUCAGGACUUUCAGUGAAAACGGCGAACCAUUUGUGACCGACAACGGGAAUUACAUCAUCGAUUUGUAUUUCAAGAAAGAUAUUGGGGAUUUGGGGGCUGCCAGCGAUUCAAUUCUCAGGCUUCCUGGUGUGGUGGAGCACGGGAUCUUUCUGGGCAUGGCAACGACGGUCAUUGUUGCCGGUGAACUCGGUGUCACAGUGAAGAACAAUGAAUAUUGGCCUCGUCAUAUAGCCCAAGUUUGCUGUUGUCUAGAGAAGUUUAAUUGUAUUUGUACAGAUGCCAAAACUAGAGACUUAUUUUUCCUAGUUCUCUGUCCUUGGGUUGUGUCCUAUUAUGCACAGCUCAUGCAUUUAUGUCUAAGAAACAGCUAAAAAAAAUUCUGCCCGUCAUACUGACCAUUUUUAUCCAUGGUGCCUUCGGAUUUAUUUUGGCUGUGCUCUGGUUUGUUUGCUUUGGUGUGGCCCUUACCGUACAUCAUUGCCGUGGAUGGAGAAUAAAGGUCAAAGGGGAAGGAUCAAGCUUAUUACAGCGAAGAUGUCUGAUACUGCUUGUCGUCUUCACAUGUGCUGCAGCGUAAUCAUGUACUCUACAAACUUCUAGCUAGUAGUACUAUUAUUCGAUAUUUAUACCGGUUCAUUAUUGACUUUAAUUCCUUGCAAAUAUCUUAAUUCUUCUAUAUUUGGUUUGACUGUUGUUUUUCAAAAAGCAAUGAUGUAAGUGAAUGUUAUUGACAUCCAUGGGAAUCAGUGUGGUUGCACUUGGCAUGCAUGUCCUUUGCAUACAAAACU